GGGCACAUAAAAAAAAAUAUCUCUUCGCCGCUCGCUCGAUUGCUUCCAUCUGUUUUUCUUCACGCCGGCGAAAAUGGGUUUCAAGAGAUUCGUGGAGAUCGGGCGAGUGGCGCUUGUUAAUUACGGCAAUGAAUACGGAAAGCUCGUCGUUGUCGUCGAUGUAGUCGACCAAAACAGGGCACUUGUAGAUGCCCCUGACAUGGAGAGGAUCCAGAUGAAUUUGAAGAGGUUGUCUCUUACUGACAUCGUCAUUGAUAUCAACAGAGUGCCCAAGAAGAAGGUUUUGAUUGAGGCUAUGGACAAGGCUGAUGUGAAGAACAAGUGGGAGAAGAGUUCAUGGGGUAGGAAACUUAUUGUGCACAAGAGAAGAGCUUCCCUCAAUGAUUUUGACAGGUUCAAGGUCAUGUUGGCCAAAAUCAAGAGGGCUGGUAUCGUAAGGCAGGAGCUUGCUAAGCUAAAAAAGGAGAUCACUGCUUGAUUUCUUACUUAAUUAUUAUCAUCAUACUCACCUCCAGUUUCUUGUUUUUGAAUCUGUUUUCUAGUUCAGAUUAUGAGAUCAAUUUUGCCUGAUAGUUAGCUACUGAAUUGUUUUUUGCUAUAGAAGAAUAUUACAGUUUCAGUUAGUUAUUAAGCGAACCAGAUUUUUCCCAA